GCACCUGAUUUGAAGCGACAAUAUUUUUAUGAAAAGAGCUUAUACCAUUUGUAAAAUUCUGAUAGUACAAUUUGAUUUCAACAAGGUUCUUGAUCUGCUCAAAGCAAAGUUUCGAAUGAAUGAUUAUCAAGAUAAAAACACAAUCAGUAUGUUACCACUUCGUAACCACUUCGUGGCAGGUCGCCACCAGAAAGAGGCUUAGUAGCCCAUUUUGAAAAGGAUGGUGCAAGUCAAGGAAAACAUUAGACUUACACAAUUUAGGCUCGGUUAUUUUUUACAAUAAGCAUAUAAAAUAGAGAACUGGUAAUUUGAAAAUUAAGGCAAAGAUGCGGUGGGUGAGCAUAAAUGACUUACAGAAUUUUUUCCCAAGCAAAUUCCACGCAGUUGUCUUUGUGGCGUACAUGGGUUUGUUCAUAAAUCAAGGAAUUCUGGUGACAUCUACAAAAAACAAAGAGAACCAUUAUCCUUAUAAUCCCACAACAACAGUUCUGCUAUCAGAAUUCCUGAAGUUGCUGGUGUCAUCAUUUCUUUUCAUGAAAGAGAAUUCCUUCUCAGGAUUUGUAGAUGGUAUCAAGAAGCAUAGAAAAGUUCUACUGCUUUAUUUUGUUCCUGCAUUUUUAUACUGCCUUUACAACAACCUAACGUUUGUUAACUUGGAGGCAUAUGAUCCCACAUCGUAUUAUCUUCUGCUGCAAUUUCGAGUAGUAGUGACAGGCAUCAUCUACCAGGUGCUAUUCAACAAAAAAUUGAGCCGAAUCCAAUGGAUUUCGCUUUUGCUCCUCACUCUUGGCUGUGUCAUAAAGCAGUUGAAUUUUAACAAACUUUCAACUGUAUCGUUCAGUAUCAACAUCAAUCUUGCACUUAUAAUGGUGCAAGUGUUCUGUUCCUGUUUUGCUGGUGUGUACAACGAGUACCUUUUAAAAGGAAACAGUGGGGACGUUCCCUUCAUGCUUCAAAAUGUUUUUAUGUAUACCGAUUCGGUCGUAUCUAAUGUCAUGGUCCUUGGUUUCACUGGUCACCUACAAAGUGCUAUGACGUCAUCAAGCAUUUCUUCGAUACUCCAAAUAAAAGUGAUAUGCAUCAUAGUGAACAAUGCUGCAAUUGGCAUUGUUACUGCCUUGUUUUUACGCUCUUUGAAUUCAAUUUUGAAGACUUUUGCCAGUGCCUUGGAGCUCAUGUUUACAGCAGUUCUUGCAUGGAUACUGUUUGGAAUAGCAGUAAAUCUUUUCACUGUCAUUGCCAUAGCGAUUGUCUCGUUUGCAACGUUACUAUAUGCCCAAAAUCCAGUGGACAAUGCACCGAAAGUAGAAGGCACCCAAAGUAAGAAGAUACCCGCGACUGUUUAAAAGAUUCGCACGCUUGUUGUCAAUGUAGCAGAUUUGGAUUGGAAACAGACAAACAAGUUGUUUUCCUUUGGUUAAUUUAUAUUAAGAUUCUGUAUUUUGACAAGAUUUGUCGGUUUAUCUAUGCAAUGUUUAUUUUCUGAUUAAGAACUGAUUAUGCUACCAGUUUUCAGUAAAUGGGGCCGGUUAAGGUCUGCACGUGCAAUGUAUCUUCUCUUAAAAGAUUUGUUAGAAAGUCAACUUUUUUAUGAUACCGCUAAUUAUUGUAGGAUUUCAAAGGAGUCGCCAGAGUGCUUAGCGUUGCAAUCUAUUUAAUAUACAAAUAUAUUUGCCGAAAUGUGCAAGAGAAAUUGGCACACAAAAUAGGCACCUAUUAAAUCGCCAUUUGCUUAACUGAUGGACAAUCAAACAAUCCAAAAUUAAGACUCUUGUAGUCAGAGCGGUAAGAACCAAAAUAUUGGUGAAUCGCGCAAAUUGUUAUAGAAAAGUUAUCCUGUUUUCUAAAUAAACACCCAAGAUCAAUUUCUUUUCGAAGUUCCAUACUUUUCGAAGUAUCUAUAUUAACCUGUAACAUCAAUCUGUUCUCUUUUAUACGAGAAUCACGUCCUGCAUUAUGUAUGAGGGUUGCCCCUUUUUCUCCAAAGAAUGCCUUUGCAUGGCAUCACCACACCUUCUCUACCACACUUGCAGAGUUCUCAGAGUCCUCUGGUUUUUCCACUUUCAGACAUCUAGUUAUAUUUUUAUCAGUGAGAUUAUGUAUUCAGAUAAAUAGAUGUGUCUACUAGACAACAAUGAUUUUAUUUUUCAAAGAUUACUUUAACUUAACGUUUAAGCGUUUUCUGUCAAUAUAUCACGUCAUAUGCGAUGUGAGGUUGAAAUCUAGAAUUACGCAUUGAAUUUUUUUUUGAGUACUGGAACCAGCGACGGUUCCGUUGUGCCUUAUUGCAGUUGGACAGACCAUUUUAAUUUUCUAGAAACCCAAUAGUGAUAUUUUUAUUUGUUUAAUUCAUCGGUUAGUUAUUUUAUUAGGCUAAUGACAAUUAAUCCGUAUAGUUUAGUAUAAAGCAAACAUAUUUUAUAAAUGAAAUCUCUCGUUCAACAGUCUCUUUAAAUUAAUUUUAGAAACGGACUUAGAAUUAAUUCUUAAAGAAACUUGACUUGCUUUCAGUUGUAACUAUCCGUUUGAAUGUACCUUGAUUCUAAAAAAAACAAAUUAAUUGUGAAAGA